AUGACCGAUGGCAUCCUUCUUCGUGAAUUUAUGUCCGAUCCUUUAUUAACACAAUACAGCAUACUGAUGAUUGAUGAAGCGCACGAACGUUCUAUUAACAUUGACAUUACAUUGGGUUUACUGCGAAAAGUAAUUAUAGCACGUCAAGAUCUGCGAAUAAUCAUCUCGUCUGCAACUCUCGAUGCUAUUAUUUUCCGUGAUUUUUUCGAGUUAAAUGAUACAAAUGACAAAAGCAAAGACAUAACAAGUAUUAUCUCUGUUGAGGGUCACAUCCAUCCUGUCACUGUCUAUCACACAAGGAAUGCUGUAUCAGAUUAUAUUCAGAAGACGGUAGAAACUGUCCUUGAUAUCCAUAAAAAUGAGCAACCCGGCGAUAUAUUAGUAUUUCUUACAGGACAGGAUGAGGUAGAAUUAGUUAGUAAACAGCUGCUUGAAGCAGCUAAAGAUCUCAGGAAAAAAAAGGUAGAUAAACUUUGGAUUGUACCGAUGUAUGGCUCGUUACCGUCGUCUGAGCAGUUGAAAGCUUUUGAUUCAACCCCUUACGGCACAAGGAAAAUUGUCAUUGCUACAAAUAUUGCCGAAACGUCUCUAACCAUAUCGGGGAUAACUUAUGUGAUUGAUUGUGGUUUUGUGAAACUUCGAGUGAUGAAUCCUGAAAAUUAUUUCGAAAGCUUGAUGAAAUUACCUAUUUCUCAAGCAUCUGCACAACAGCGUACGGGUAGAGCCGGACGAGUUCGCCCCGGAAAAUGUUAUCGUCUCUAUCCACAAGAAGAAUACGACAAGCUUCUGGUAAAUACGAUACCUGAAAUGCAGCGACUAAACCUCGCAGCUGUCAUUCUCUUGCUGAAAGCUUUAGGGAUACACAAUGUGUUACGCUUUAAUUAUUUAUCACGGCCUCCUUCGUUUGCAAUGGUUGAAGGUCUUCAGUCAUUAUAUUAUCUUGAAGCCCUUUCUGAAGACGGUUUAUUAACCAAUCCGCUAGGAGUUCAAAUGGCAGAAUUUCCCUUGCCGCCUCAACAUUCCAAAACUCUUCUAUGUUCGGGUGAACUCGGUUGCAGUGAAGAGAUUGCGGCGAUUAUAGCAAUGCUUCAAAUACAGGACGUUUUUGUAGUGCCAUCGAAAUGUCGUCAUCAAGCUGAAUUAAUAAAAAGGAGUUUCUCGGUUGAGGAAGGCGACCAUUUCACUCUUUUGAACGUUUUCACAAAUUUCAUGCAGAAUGGGAAGUCAAAAAAGUGGUGCAUCAAUCAUUUUCUGAAUUAUCGCGGCCUGUGUCGUGCAGAAGCAAUUCGUGAUCAGCUAUUCGGUCUUUUGAGACGUCACAAUAUACAAAUUAAAUCAUGCAAAGAAAAUGGAGAAUUAAAAUCAAUACUUCAUUGUCUGGUAAAAGGAUUCUUUUCACAAGCGGCUUACUAUCAUUAUUCCGGCGAUUAUGUUGCUAUUAGGAAUGAACACCAUUUCAAAAUUUACAAAGGAUCCGCUAUUAUGUACAGAAGGGAAUUCCCAAAAUGGAUAAUAUUCACGGAAGUGCUACAGGAUUCGAUCCGUGACAUCAGCGUAAUUGAACCAGAAUGGUUGCAUCAGCUAGUUCCUAAAUAUUACGAAUUUGGGACGAUUCUAAUCGAAGGAACUGUGCAGUUGCAUUCUCAGAAUAGCAAUGUUCUUUACGAAGAGCCGAUACAUUCUGAUCUGCAAAUUCCUUAUGAGAUGCAGCGGCUUACGACAACCGCAUUCUUUGCUAAUGGUCCUGGUUUGGAUUAUUUCAUCAAUAAGGCAAGCAGUGAACGUUUGAGUAAAGUGAUGCCAAAGAUAGAAGAGACGAAUGAAUCGUUAAGUGCGAUAGAUUCGUAUGGAGAUGGAUUGAAAGUAAAAUUCAUAACGUAUGGUUGUCAAAUGAAUAUAAAUGAUGUGGAAUUGGUACGUUCAUUGUUGCUCUCAACAGGUUAUGUAGAAACAGAUGACGUCAAAGAGGCUGACAUCGUAUUAUUGAUGACAUGUUCAAUACGUGAAGGUGCUGAAAAUAAGGUGUGGGACGAGCUGAAAGUAUUAAGAAAAAUACGUCGCAAAAAUGGUGUUAUUGGAGUUUUAGGUUGCAUGGCAGAACGAGAAAGGCAUAAUUUAUUGACAUGCACUGAAAAUGUUGAUGUGGUAGCUGGACCCGAUUCAUAUCGCGAUUUGCCUCGGCUUUUGGCAAUUGCUCGCUGUGGAAGUAUGGCGAUAAAUGUACAACUAUCGUUAGAGGAAACUUAUGCUGAUAUUGUCCCAGUUCGAAAGGACAAAUCAAUAAUGCGCGGUUGUGAUAACAUGUGUACGUACUGUGUUGUGCCAUAUACGAGAGGACGGGAGAGGAGUCGUCCGAUGAAUUCCAUACUUGAUGAAAUCAGAAGCUUAUCUGAUCAGGGUGUAAAGCAGGUGACGCUGCUUGGACAGAACGUUAAUAGUUAUCGAGACCUGUCGGAAAUCUCAUUUCCUUCUACAUGUUUAACAGAACCUGGUAUGGCUCCUGGAUUUCGCACCAAAUAUAAACCAAAGAAAGGCGGAUAUACUUUUCUCACUCUCCUGGAUAAAGUAUCGCGAAUUGAUCCGGAAAUGAGGAUACGUUUCACUUCACCACAUCCUAAAGAUUUUCCUUUUGAGGUAAUAAAUUUGAUAAAAGAACGUUCAAAUAUAUGCAAACAAAUCCAUUUGCCGGCACAAAGUGGUAGCAAUGCUAUAUUGGAAGCGAUGGAUCGUGGCUACAGUAGAGAAAGUUAUUUAGAACUGGUCGAUCGCAUUAAAACUAUCAUACCAAACGUAUCGCUCACUAGUGAUUUCAUUGCUGGAUUCUGUGGUGAAACCGAGGAAUUCCAUCAGGAAUCUCUGAACUUGAUCAGACAUGUCGUUUAUUCUUUUUGCUAUGUUUUUCCAUAUAGUCAAAGGGAGAAAACCAGAGCAUAUCGACAUCUGAAGGAUAAUGUACCAAAGGAAGUGAAAAAUAGACGCCAUCAGCAACUGGCGAGCGUUUUUAGGGAAACAGCAUUAAAACACAACGAGGCUCUCAUUGGAAGCAAACAGUUGGUGCUUUUAGAGGAGGCAAGCAAGCGUUCUUCUGAACAUUUGCGAGGUCGAAUUGAUGGCGGAGUUAGUGUAAUUAUUUACAAAUAUUAUGAUGAUGGUUCGAGAUUAGUGGAGUUAAAACCUGGUGAUUAUGUUGCCGUUAAGAUAACAUCUGCUAAUUCGCAAACACUGCAAGCUUUGGCACUUCAAACAAUAAAGCUAAAGGAUUUCGAAAAAUUGAGAAAAGAGAAACAACCGAUCGACAAAUAA